UAGAGUCUUGUAUUAUGGAGAAGUAAUGGCGUUUUCCGCCCAGACAGACCAUGGGCAAAAUGAACAUAAAGACGCAGUUUUGUGCGAAAUUGGCAAAGAAACAUCGAAAGAUAACACGAAGUUUGUCCCGAACCCCGCUGCCAAGCCGUUUGUACCUUCCAACUUGAAUUCAACAUUGGGUCGCUCAAACAGGACAUGGGCAACUAUCGAAGGACAACAUUCUAGGGUUUUUAAUCUUGGUGGAAAUAUUACCAGUUUGAAGGCUGCAAGGCAUAAUGUGAUUGUCCCACAGCCCUACAUGAAUGGUCCACAUAGUAUAGAUCAUGCUAACAGCUGUGGAAUCCCUCCAGAAGAACCCAGGACACCUACAACCCCUCAAUCUAACAACCACAUAGCUUUUCACCUUGUUUCUAAAGUUCUUGAGGAUGAAAGCAUUUUUAAUUUUUCAAGCAUUGAGGAAGCAAAUCCAGGUGUAGAGCCAUUCUCACCUCUUUCUCUGAUACAUCCUGAUAGUUUUGAUGGCACAUCUCAUUCAUGGCCCUUUUCAGCUGUACCCAAUGGUACCAUUCCAGUUCCUGCAUCAACAUCCAAUCACAGUAAUGCAGCAGCUAGAAACUUUGGUUCUUUUCCUGGUCAAACUAUCUGGUCAUCAGAAGUGAUUGCCCAUAGCACCCCACCUUUGUCACCAGUUGAUUUGUCCCCACCCUCAAGUUUAACAAAUUCUUCACUGGGAACUACCCCUCCAUUUCCCUCAACCCCAUUAAUUCCUGCAAGUUCUCUGACCAAUUCAUCAGGCAGUACAUCACCUACUGUGAAUGGUUAUAAUGACGAACUCUCUCCCUUCCCAUCCCCAACUGGGCAGCAGUUUGGUUCACAAGACACCUUGCCAACUAUGUUCAUGCCAAUUAAAGAUGCAUCUACAGGAGGCAAGGGAUGGAACUCUUCAGAAUCUGGUUACUAUUCAAGUAAUGGCUCCAGUCGUCGUUCUCAACCAUCUCCAAGCUCAGCCCCUGGACUAGCACAAUUUGUUUCUUCUCCUAAGACACGCCCACAGUCUCUAAAUUUAACAAAUGGCCACCAUUACUGUAGUUCACCCAGUAUGUCCCCUUCUUCACCACCAGGACCAGUUCAUAGCCACUCAGCUCCAAAGCAUUUUAGUUCAAGUUAUGAUGUGAAUGGAGGGUCAUGGCUCAAACAUACAUCAGGCAGAGAGCAUAUUCCUCCAAGCUCUUUGCCAAGGGAUGCAAAUGGACAUUCUGGAGGUCAUGUGAUUUUGCAUCGUACUAAGAGUCCACUGACAAGUGAGCUGCACUAUAGACUUGAAGAGUGUUAUGAACAAUUGCGGUGUCUAGAGAAAGAGCGAAAAAAGGCAGAGGCUGAAAUCUCACACCUAUGGUCAGGGCGAAGACUCUCAUCUGGAAAUGCAACAAAUGUUAGACCUCCCCCUAAUCCAUCUAGAGUGGACAAGCUAAUUGUGGAUCAUUUGCGAGAACAUGCAAAGGUUGAAGCCUUAGUUGGACGAAUUGAACGCAUUCGUCACUCUCCUCUCCAUGUCAGCAUUAGUGAGGGAGUUGAUCUGUGGCACAAUGGAAUUCGUGAAUUGCAGAAUCGUAGGAGGGAGGAACUUAGUAGCAGUAAUUGCUCAAGAAGUAGGCUGAAUGGUUCUCUGCGGAAUCAAGAUAUUACAGAACUCUCAGCCUUAAUAUCAGCUGUGAAGACACUGACACAAAACACACGUGCAACCCGUACAAUCAUUUGGUGUGCUAAUCAGCUUGUCAUUGAUGAUACUGCAGUUAAUGACAACACUUCAAAUGAUGUGGACAACACAGUUGCGAUAUCCAAGGAAGUCAUUGUGGAUGUGUCUUGACAGAUUGCUCAUACAUUUAGAUGGUUUCAUCCCCCAACUAUACUUGAAGUGCGUCACAUAAUUGGAAAUGAAUUCCAGUGGCAUAAAUUGGUUCAGUGCUACUGAGUAUCAUCAACCUUCCAACAUUGUGGAGAAAAUCUGGUAGAUCUAACCUCAACACAAGACCCCUGACCUUUGCAUUGAAAAAAGGUGACAAGUUUGCAAUCAAUUAUAAAUUGAACUGAAUCAAGGUGCAUUAUGGGAACAGUAAUCUGGUAAUAGAGAAAUUCUGCUUGGCAAUGGUGCUUCAGGUUUUUUCCUUUGGGUUUCCAAGCAACAUGUACUUAGUUGUAAGAAUGACUGAAGCAGGAGUCAAAGGAGGAAAGAAUUUUUUAUAUGGCAAAGCAAGUGAACCUUGCAGUGUAAAGUACUGCCUAACUAAUUGGAUUUUAAGUGUUUUUCCACAUUUAUGGUUCAAGAAAUGCGUUGAGGCUAGCAAGAUAAAGGCAUCAAUUAUGUCUAUCGAUCAUUUUGAGAAAGAAUUGGCAAAGAACACUGAGGGUGUUGGAAUGGUUGAUAUUGAAUACAAUUAUGAAUGUAACUUCCCACACUUUGCUUCAGUGUGUCAGUGUUGCUAGGCAACAGACAUUUUAUAGCAGAAGAUUGUACUUAUUCAGGCAACUGAUAUUUUUCUUCUUUCAUGCAUUCCAUUCAUGCACCAGAAUGUUCCAACAAAUAAGUCACAGUUGUGCAAUGGGUUGGGGAAGGUGAAAAGGAGUCUUGGCAGGCCAAGUGUUUCUUACUAGUGAAUAAAUGAAAGGAAACAUGGCAGACAGAACAUUUUGAAUAAUUUGUGCAACUUUGUGUUGCUCUAAGCAGAGUUCACUUAUUUGUGUCCUAAGAAGACUAAUGAAAUUUUCUCAUUAAUCACCAACUUCCCUGGUAACUCUACUCAUGUCAUCCAUCAUUAAUGAAACAAAUCAGGUUAAUCAUUUCUGAUAAUUAUUCUGCACACUUAGUUUCUGGUGAUAAAUAAUUAAUCUCAUUGAAGAUUGGCAAAUAAGUGCAGCUUAACAUAUUGUUACAUCCAUGACAAGUGUUCAUCAAUUUGCAGUCCAGCUCUUGAAGCACUUUCUGACUGUAGAUAAGUCUGCAACAAGAAUAGCAUGUGUAACCACCAACGUGACAGGAGGCAGUGCUUGUAUGGAGAAAAUUCUAAGCCAGUUCAUAUUGCUUUACUGCUGAAUACAUCCAGACAUCUUCCAAUGGAAAUGUUCCAAAAAUAAAAGCGCAUUAUUUCGUUGAA